AGGAUUUCGUCAAUAAGAUGCUAAAACUACUCUUAUUCAUCUGUGGUAAACUGCGUGAUUUAUCAGUUAGAACAUCUUCUGACUAAAAAGUAAAGAUAUUUGAUUUUGACUCAACUUGUUUUAAUACUAUGGAGGCCAUGUGCAUAUCCUGUUCAGUGGUUAUCCAUCAAGUCCAUCUGUAAUGGCGACCCAACCUAAAGUUCCUCGUCCCAGUAAUGAUACUGGAGCAGACGGUGAACUAAGUUCGACUAAUGCUCUCAUCGAUGAGAUAGAGGAAGUUCAAAAUGCCAUUGACAACCUCAAUGAGCAAGCCAGUGAAGAAAUCCUCAAAGUUGAGCAAAAGUUCAAUAAAUUGAGGCAGCCUCACUUCGAAAAACGGUGCGAGCUGAUCUCCAAAAUCCCCAAUUUCUGGCUCACUACUUUUAUCAAUCAUCCUCAAUUGUCAGACUUGCUUACUAGCAACGACGAGAGUGUUUUGAAGCAUCUGAAGAAAGUAGAAGUUCAGGAGUUUGAUGACAUUAAGUCUGGUUUCCGAAUUAACUUCCACUUCGAAAAGAAUGAAUGGUUCAAGAACAGUGUAUUAACGAAAGAAUUCCAUUUGGGAGAUACUGGUGAACCUUCAUCUACGUACACCAAAAUAGAUUGGCACCCGGGCAAAGACUUAACAAGUAAUUCAUCAAACUCGAAAAAGAAUGGUGGAGAUCAAGCGAAGAAACGAGCAUUUGAAGAUCAGACACAGGAUAGCUUCUUCUGCUGGUUCACAGAUGAAUCCUCAGUAUUCGGCGAUGAGCUUGGUGAAGUAAUAAAGGACGAUAUAUGGCCUAAUCCACUCCAGUAUUACCUCUCACCAGAUCUAGAUGAAGAAAAUGAAAACGAUGAAGAGGAUGAAGAUGACGAUGAUGAUCAGGAUCUCGAUGAGGAUGAAGCCGGUGUAGCGGAUGUUUAAAGAUCAUUGCAAUAUAUCAUUUCCAUAUAAACUUCAAUCUUUGUUUCCGAAAUGUGUAUGUCUUCGCAUCUGCAUGGAACAUUAUUGAGACAUUUGAUUUAUUGUACAAUGGCAAAAACAGACUGUUUCCACACUUGUACAUCGCGUCCCGGUUUUGUGCACACUCUUGAAUACGCCUUUGUGUCAUUUUGCAUUUAACUGUAGCUAUUGUCAUACCGAGGCGAAUUCUUGUGUCGUUUGUUGGCUUUUAUUUGACUGUUCUAAUCCAGGGAUCAGCGUUUUUGCCGUUACAUUUUGCUCCAGCCCUUAUGCGUCUAAGAUUUUUGUAUCAACUUUUCGACACGUGAGGUCAUUUCAAAUUCUCAAACUUUGUUCCUAAUAAACAGUUAUGAAGGAU